UUUAAGUUUAGUUAAUAACUGAAAAGAUAUAUGUAUCUAUAGCUUUGUGAAACAGGCAUUUUUGUACCUGUAUUAAUAGAACUUAAAUACUGGGGGAGUAAAUAAAGUCUGAUUUGAUGUACAGAGAAGGAAAGAGAAAAGCAAAUCCAUUUUCUAGUGAGAGAAAGCUAAUGCUAUGCAGCGGUGCUGAGUUUAAAAGGGUUUGAAUAUGAUGUGCGGGUUAAUCGAUUUGAAUACCGUGGACAAUGAAGACGAGACGGCGUCUCCGUCUGGUUCUCCGACGUCGUCGGCGGCCUCCGGGAACUUUGAAUUUUCCGUUCCGCCGUCGUCCGCCGCCGUAUGUAUGGAGCUGUGGCACGCAUGUGCGGGGCCGUUGAUUUCCCUGCCUAAGAAAGGAAGUGCCGUCGUUUACUUUCCUCAGGGACAUCUCGAACAACUCCGGGAGCACACCGCCGUUGCUUAUGAUCUCCCCCCGCACGUGUUUUGUCGCGUUGUUGAUGUUAAACUCCAUGCCGACGCUGCUAGUGAUGAGGUUUAUGCGCAAGUGUCGCUAGUUCCAGAUCAGCAGAUUGAGCAAAACUGGAGGGAAGGCAUGAUCGAAACUGAGGUUGAAGAUGAAGAUCCUGAAGGCAUGGGAAAGUCGAUGACUCCCCACAUGUUCUGUAAAACUCUGACUGCUUCUGAUACUAGUACUCACGGUGGCUUCUCUGUUCCUCGUCGUGCUGCGGAAGAUUGCUUUCCUCCCCUGGAUUAUAAGCAACAAAGACCUUCGCAGGAGCUUGUUGCCAAGGAUUUACAUGGAGUCGAGUGGAAAUUUCGGCAUAUCUACAGAGGUCAGCCUCGAAGGCAUUUGUUGACUACUGGAUGGAGUGCUUUUGUCAAUAAGAAGAAGCUGGUGUCUGGAGAUGCUGUACUAUUUCUAAGAGGUGGUGAUGGAGAACUGAGGCUUGGAAUUCGUAGAGCUGCGCAAGUUAAAAGCAAUGCUACCAUCCUCCACCCUAACAGCAAUCACUUCAAUGCUAGUAGCGUUGUUGCUGUUGUGAAUUCCAUUUCCAUGCGAAGUACUUUUAACAUUUGCUAUAAUCCAAGGGCCCAUUCCUCCGAGAUUAUUGUACCUUAUCAUAAGUUCUCCAAGAGCCUCACACAUUCGUUUUCAUGUGGAAUGAGGUUUAAAAUUCGUUUUGAAACAGAAGAUUCUUCUGAACGAAGGUGCAGUGGCCUCAUUAUUGGGGUUAAUGAAGUGGAUCCUGCAAGAUGGCCUGGUUCUAAAUGGAAGUGUCUACUGGUUCGAUGGGAUGACAUGGAUGUCAAUCGCCUUAAUAGGGUUUCCCCUUGGGAGAUCGAACUGUCUGGUUCAGUCUCCGGAUCCAACAGCUUUGUCUUACCAGGCAACAAGAGAGGUCGGGUCGGCUUUCCGCAUUCUGCAAAACCAGAUCUUCCAGUUUCGAGAGAUGGGAACGAAGUUUCAGACUUUGGUGAGCCGCUAAGGUUCCAGAAGGUCUUGCAAGGUCAAGAAGUAUUUGCUUUCAGAACUCCAUACGCCGGAGCGGAAGCUUCCAGGCACCACCAAUCCGAUAUGCGGUGCUACCCUGGUCUCAGCAUGAGGCAUCUUCAUCCAGAUUCCUUCGACACAAGUGUCUUAGGUGAAUCCUUUCAAUUCCAGAACAAGGUCUUGCAAGGUCAAGAAACCAUAUCCCUAUAUGGAAGGGGCCCACAAGCUAACCACCAUACCCCCCAGGUAGAUAACAACGCUGCUAAUAUAAUCAACGGAGUCCAGGUGUCAAACCAUGGUAAUAGCUGGUCAACUCUCCCCCAAGUCUUCAACUCUAAUCCUCACCGUUCAUUGCCUUUUCAAUUCACACCAUCAGCGAAUCAUGGCGAUCAUGGAAUGGUUCCCACCGGGGGCAAGGAAGUGGCUUUCCCACAUAGGCCCGUUCCGACUCAGCAAUUCUUUAGAGACAAUGAGAAUUUCGUUUCGAUGUGUAAGAAUAGUUGCAGGCUCUUUGGGUUUCCGCUGACUGAGGGGAAAAUUACGACAAUGGGUAUGGGGGAAAAUGCAACCGCAUCGUCUGGUUCUGCUUCCGCGUACGGUGUAAGAGACCGGCUUCUUGAUAUAGCACUGUAAGAGUUUGGUUUUUAUUGGAGAAGAUGUGCAUUGGUGCUUGUUGAACAAUGGCUGUUGAUUCUGUAUCUCCCAUGUUAUUUUAUUUGUUUAAUUAAUGACUAUGUUUGAACACCAGAAUAUGUAUGUAUUUUGUAACUGUGAUUUUGUAUCUCUGUUGGAUAAAGUCAACCCGGUUUGUUGAAUUUGAAAUCAGCUAAUAAUAUUGCUAAUUACAUGCUU